AUGCUUCAAAUUUCAGGCGGAAGGAUGAACAGCUCUAGCAACCGCGGCAGAGGCACGCGAGGCAGGGCUGGUGCGACGGACCGUGGUGGCAUUCGAAAACGAAGCGUCACCCCUCGGGUCGACCGAGAUGGAGAUAUGGACAUGGCUGCCUCUGGAGCUGGUGUUGGGAGAGGCCGGGUACGAACUUCUCGCGGAGGUGCUACCGGGCGAUCGUCGAGGAGACCAGGCGAGAAGGAGAAGACGAUCGAUGCGCUCCAGAAGGCCAUAUUCAACAGUUCUUCCUCCCAGGCCAAUAUCAGGCACGGGCGUGGGAUUCUAGAUGGGCCCUUGAGGCGGAACUUGACACAGAUCAGAGUGACUGGGUGGAAAGCGAGCAAAGCGGCUUCGAACCCAGAUGGUGGCGUUGUCAGUCUUGUUGCGUUCUUGGAGAAGAAGUCAGCCCCCACCGACCAGAAUGCUACGGCCCCUGGACGACACAAGAUUACAAAGACUCAGCCAGAGCGAUACUGCUUUCUUUCAAGACCGUCCAGACAUUCCGCAAAUGUUGUCGAGUUACUGCAAAGAGGAUCGGUUUCCAAGUCGCGGGUUGAAGGCGACAGUAUGAUAAUAUCUGUUCGACCCGAGCAGGUGGAUGGAUUUUUGCGAUUAAAUGGAUAUUCCUUUGCCGGGGCCCCAAUUUCGGUUGAGCUGCACGACGGUAUAACGAUAGCGGACACUUCCUCACGACAAAACCAAGGACCAUCUCAAGCUGCCAUCGAUACGAAGGCUAAGAUGACUUCUUUUCUGGCAAAGCGAUACUCGGAACCAGGAAAGCUGCUUGAUCUAUCAAAACUAGGCACAGACCCGGAUCUAGUGGAGAUGGGCAUGUUCAACAGCGUGUCCACGGAAUCAAAAUUCUUCCCGGCUCUGAUGAAAGUGUGCGAGCUUACCUUUGACUCUGCUUCUAAAAGAAAGGCUGCAGUCGUUAGCGUCACCUUAGCGCAUAAUCAAUUAACAAAUCUCACUGCCGUCACCUCCCUCGCCCAGACGUUCCCCGAAAUCAAAAACCUUGAUUUAUCCCACAAUCAGUUCAAAGAUAUCUCAAGCUUAAGCAGCUGGAGGUGGAAAUUUCGCAGUCUCGACUUUUUGGACCUUACGGGAAACCCAGUAUGCUCUGAGCCAAAUUUCAAGGAAACAAUGAUAAAAUGGUAUCCUCAGCUUCGGACAUUAAACAAUACUGGCGUCAGAACAACGGAAGAAAUUGCCGCUCAAAAGAAAACCCCCAUCCCCGUUAUGGGCCCGAGUUUUCAGGAUGAGAGCCAGAUUGCAGAAAAUUUCGUCAAGGCUUUCUUUUCUGGCUUUGACAACAACCGAAACGAUCUACUUAACGGAAUUUAUGAUGCAAAAUCAAUAUUUUCGUAUAAUGUCAACUCCGUAGCUCCACGAGCGGCCCAAACAGAAUCAACACCCCCAUGGGACUCGUACAUCCGAAGGAGCAGAAAUCUUAUAAAAAUCAGUCAUCUUCCUGCUCGCGUAUCACGAAGUUUCAUUGGUGCUGAAAACAUUCGUGAGGUAUGGAAUUCAUUUCCACAAACGAAGCAUCCGGAAAUUCUUUCCAACCCCAAGGAAUGGCUGAUAGAAUGCCACCCCAUCCCUGGGCUUCCUGAUAUCAAUAACCAAAGUGCGACUGGUGUUGGUGGCCUUUUGAUUACCGUUCAUGGAAAAUUUGAAGAGAUAUAUCCUGAUACCGGAGCCAAGACUCAGACACGCAGUUUCGAUCGAACAUUCGUCCUUGGACCCGGAAAUGGCGUAGGGGGUCUUAGGGUCAGUAACGAUAUGCUCUGUCUUCGAGUAUUUGGAGACUGUACGGCGUGGGUUCCAGAAAACGAACAGGUUUCCGCUCCAGCGAUGACAGCCACACCAGCUCAGCCUACUACGAUCCUGCCGACCCAACAACCGACACCUAUCCCGCAGCUAGCGGCCCAACAUCCAGAAGCAAAACCAGGAUAUGGAAUACCCCAGCCAGGGAAAUCGGAGGAGCAGGUUAAACAGGAGCAACUGGUGCUUGAAAUAAGCUUCAAGACAAAGAUGACUUUAGCAUUCUCGGAAAUGGCUCUUAGCGGCAACAGCUGGGAUUUGAAUCUCGCGUUAAAGAAUUUUGAAGAAUUAAAGCCUUGGAAAGAAAACACCCACCAGUACUUUACACGCCUUAUAAUAACAUUCAAAUACCUUAUACUUCUGCCUCCCCCUUCUCUUCACCUCCAGCAAUCUUCAUCCAUGCUUCCAUAG